AACCAUAUUCAAGCACUUAUGGAARCCMGGAAUGUCGCCAAACCCAAGGAAUGAUCAAGAUCAAACACCUCUUCAUCUUUGCAAGACUUGGACCGCAACCAGGAUCUUAAUAGAAUCCGGAGCAAAACCAAAUGAUGUUGAUAKGGAAGGACAACCUCCUCUGUUAAAUGUUGCAAAACAGCAAGUGUUCAAGGUAAAGCCAGGACAUUUCUUUCCAGAUGUCGAAGAAGAUMAGAAAAAGYUCUUUGAAACGUGUGUGUCAUUUGGUYUUGAUAUCUGCAGUUCUGACAACGAAGGGCAAUCUAUAUUGACUAUUCUACUAAGGUCAGASGUCUAUGAACUUGCCAAUGCCUUAAUUGAGGUUGCCUGUGUGUCCUGCCCGUCAAUCUUGAAAAAUCUAGUUGAGACUAUAUGUAAAGAUGAGUCUACCCGUGCUAACUGGAAGCAGCUUCUCAUAGAAAAAAUCUUCAACUUAAGAACAUCUCCAUCCGAUUAUGAUCUUAAUGAUGCACUUUUUCAUUGCUGCACCAACAUCAAAAAGCUUCAUGAUCAAGGACAGAGAUUUCAAUUUGAAGACGGAAGUCAAUCUAGCGAGCCACCAGCUAAAAAGCGGAAAAUUGACCACACUGAAGACAUAAGCUCACCGCAAUCUAAUAUUGAGCUUGAUGAUACAGGAUUAACAUCUGUUCACCUGAACAUUGCAAGACAACUGCUUUUACGCGGGGCGGAUAAUAAAUYGUGCAUGGGUUUGUGCGAAAAUUUCCCAGAACUACAUUCCUUUUUGACCAAAAAAGUUGACCCUGACAGUGUGCCCAUGAUCAUUCCAUGGACUUCGUUUUCCAAAGCUCACGUAGACAAACUUAAAAGAGUUUCAAGGAAACAAAAUGUUGGCACCAUUGGCACGUACUGGUUUCAUAAAGAACCGAUAGGAGGUUGGUCGUUUGGUCAUGUUUUUGCAGGAAUCAACGAAAAAGAUGGAAGGGAGAUUGCAAUUAAGAAGAUUGAAAAAUUGCGUCUUGUGCGGCCAGAAGAUCAAAGAGAAAUAAGAAAUUUGACAGCAUUAGCAGAUUGUCAACAAGUCGUUAGCUACAUCUUCUUUGAUGACAGUGAUAAGGACUUUGUAUACAUUGUGCUAGAAUUGAUGGAGGGACAUCURGAUGAUUACUUUGCAAGUUCUUCGUUUAAUGCAAGUCGAAGCGUGCUGCUAUGCAAAGACAUUAUCGAAGGACUAUCGUAUCUACAUGGGCAAAAGUCAAAGCCAAUUCUUCAUCGUGAUCUCAAACCUGGAAAUAUCCUUUACAAACUCCAUCCGAAUCUUUGUCUUAAGGUUGCAGAUUUUGGUCUGAGCAGCCCUCUGACAACAGUUGGGACCACCGUCCUUGGUACCAAUGUUGGUACUCGAUGCUGGAUUGCUCCAGAAGUUAUAUCUUCUAGCACUUACCAGCAUUCUCCAUCGUCUGAUGUUUUUUCUUGUGGACUCUUGGUCCAUUACAUUCUUUCAAAGCAAACACAUCCAUUCAGCCCAGCGGAUUGCUCUAAUAAGAGCAAAGAAGUUAUAGAUGUCAAAACACAAAGCAAUAUGCUAAGCUACAACAUGAUUGGAUUUGAUAUAUCCCUUAGUCCUGAAGCAACACACCUAAUAAAAGGCAUGCUACAACAAGAUCCGAGUCACCGACCUUCUGCAGGCGAUUCACUAAGUCACCCUUUAUUCUGGACUCAAAAGAAGAAAAUGGAUUUCCUAUGUGCUGUUGGCAAUCAGUACGAGUUUGAAUGUCGAUCUACUAGUAAAGCAGCCUCUUAUCAUAAACCAACAGGAGUAGAAACUGAUCUUCAGAACAACUUCUCCAUCAUUGUAAGAUAUGCAAAGUGGGAUGACCCUAAUUACAAAGAUAUGGCAAAAGUCGUUGCCGAGAUGAAGAAACCAAUCGGAAAAGUAAACAAAAAGGGAGCAACCUACUUCCAAAACCCAAGAACCUACGAUACUAGUUCCGUGGUUGAGCUAGUUCGUUUCAUCAGGAACGCAAACAAUCACGUAUCUGAGCGCAGUCGACCACCUGACAUUAAGAAACUGAUUCUUGAGGACUUUGUGUUUUUGAAAGAAUUUCCACAUCUACUGAUGGAGGUUUACAAAGCUGUGACUACACAUGGGUGGGACCCCAGGGAAGAAAUCAAGUAUGCUAUGGCAUAUCAGGAGCACCAGCAAUGAAUUGCUUAUAGAUGUCGUCUCGUUUAAAGUUAGUCAUUUGGAAGAGAAACAAGCAUGUGUUCCACAAGCCUACUACAGCCUGGUGGUCCACAAGACAAGAAACUACCAAGAUUAACUAUAGAACACAUAGCUUUAAAUAUUUUGAACAGAAUAUAUUAGAAAAAUGUUGCAUCAAUCACUGCAUAAUCAAUUAAGUAUCAUUGCUAUAAUAAGCAACUCGUAAUAGAAUAAACGCCAGAGUACGCAUGCUCUGGAACAUUAAAACUUGAUUGGCAUAUUUUUAUGCCAUAUUAGGUAAUCAAAACUCGAUACAAAAUAUAUAGCCACUCGUAUUACGAAUAAUGAAUAUUUAAAGAUUUUCUUUCUUUAGAAAUAUUUUUCUAGAAAUGCAUUGAUGUUGACAAGUUUACAUUUUUAUUAUGGGUUUCUAGUGAUACGCAUCAACAUCACUGCAAAUAAGCAAUACGUAAAUUACACGUAUAUUCAUACGGAUACGCAAUAACAAUAUUGUAGAGCACGGAGUGCAAGAAACUUACGUUGUAGGAUACGUUUUAAUUCUCCUAUGCGUUUAUGGUGAUACACAUUACCAUUAGGGAAAUUACGCACGGAUAUACGUAAAACGAAUACGUAGCAAACGUAAGACAUCAUACGUAGUUUACACGCGUUUGAAUUACAUUAGUUUCUGAUACGCUUUGUCAGUAUACUGUGAAUCAUAAGAAGUUGACCUAAUUCACGGAAAUUAUUAGGAUACGUAGUAAUACGAAUAUACAGGAGUACGGAACGCAACACACGCACGUAGUUUACACGCGUUUGAAUUCCCUUAUUAGUUUUUGAUACGCAUUACGUACCAGUAUACUGUAAAUAAGAAGGACUUAAACUACGCGGAAAUUAGUAAAGGAUACGUAGUAAUAAGAAUAUUCAGACAUGUACGUAGGUUUUCACGUGCGUUUGAAUUCGUUAUUAGUUUCUGAUACGCAUUACGAGUAUACUGUAAAUAAGUGAAUGAUUCAUGUAGUAAUACGAAUAUUUAGGAGUACGGAACGCGAGACAUAUAUUAAGAUUUGGACUUUUUGAUGAUACGCGGCAGUACUUUGUAAAUAAGCAAUACACAUUUUCAGUAAAUAGCUAAAAAAAUAAAUAAUUAAAAAAUAAAUGUUCUUUUAAUAGCUAAAAGGAAAAAAAUCACAAUUAUGCGAAUUCCUUUGUUUUCUAUUGUCUUAUAUACGCUAUAAUCAGUUGUCCGGCUUUAGAAUAAAGUCAUUUAAUCCGUUUAAUUUGGUGAUUAAAUUGUAAUAGAGUAAAUAGACACAAAAGAAAGCAAUGCAACUAGAGCUCAUUAAAGUGUAUUAGUGCAUGUA